GGAAUGAUGCAAUGGCAAUUCUCCCUGAGAUCAUGUGAGCUGCGCGUCGUCAAGUGCGGUCCGACUGAUGAAUCAGUUUUGAGUUGAUAGUGGAGUUGUGAGAAUGUACUCUGAUUCGGAUGAAGAAUUUGACCGACCUGUCCGGAAACGGAUGCGGUUGGACCAUCUAACGGCAGAUGAAAAAUUGGCGAGACGGAAAAUGAAGAACCGUGUCGCAGCCCAAACAGCUAGGGAUCGGAAGAAAGCCCGAAUAGAUAGGUUGGAGGAUUCAUUGGAAGCUUGUCGUCAAGAGUUGGUGCACGUGAAGACGCAGAACGAGUUAUUGUACGAGUUGAAUGCGGUUCUUCAGAAAGAAGUGAAGGAAUUGAAGGAACGGAAAUGCCAGAAGACGCCUGUUGGUCCUGCUGCGAUCAUUAGUGCUCCCCGGCUGAGGGAACAGGGCGUCUUAUUCCUGGCAGCAAUGUUAAUCAUCCUGAAAUCCCUGAGAAAGUGUCGGAAACAGCCAGAGACCUUGAAGACAUGCUUGUCGAGCUCGAUCGUUAUUUCCCCUGCGAAUCUCCUGAGGUAUGUUGAGCCUCGAAUUGAAGAGGUUAGAAAGAUGACACCAGAUGACCACAUGUACGCCUGUAAACCUGACCGGAAACCAGUGAUCCAGAUCCACUUACCAGAAGGAUGCAACACUUUGGACCUCAGUGUACCUAUCUUGUGGGAAAGAAUAGCCUCUGCUUUGGAAACGGAAGUAUUCACUCUCCCGGAACCGGAUUUCGCUACUUCUAAUACGCUUGAUUUUGACGGUGACGCUUUUCCGUGGGGAGAAGAAUUGCGGAUUUAAGCCCGAAUUCAGGCGUUUUUUUUAUCAAGUUUGUUCUGAGGGAGUUAUGGAUUUUUUUUAGUGUGUGCCGAUUGUAUCUUCCCUUCAUUCUGGGGAACCUGAAAUUCCUAUACUCUUCUAACCUACUGGAUUGAAUUUGAUAUUGCGAUUUGUUUUGCAUUCUGCGUUGUUCGGAACUCAUUAAGUUGUUUCCUGAUCGCGUAAUGCAUUUUCCGUAAAGAAAAUAACGCUCGUUCGAGUUUACCGUGAUGGGAGUUGAAUUGGACUUCCUAGAGUUGGGAAGAUAUUGAAGGAUCAGUUGGAGAAUAGGUUCCAUUCCAUUCGGCAUGGCAGCAAUGCAUUGAAGCGCGGUGAUGUUCAUACGCUUCAUUGAAGAGCUCGAGAAAUUAUCGCGAUUUUAUUAUUCGUUUGGCGCACUUCUUCAUUUUUAGGCGCCAUUAGAUGUGCCUGCUUCUCUGAAAAUGCGUUUCUGUUACGGGAUUAUAAUAUUCCUCUUUUUUUCUUAUUGUUUGAGAAGAGUUCAUUGAAUUGCACAUGGAAUGAUGGAUGGAAUGAAAGAAUUGGUGGUCAACUUCUGCUGGCCUGUCAUUUCCUGAAGUCAUUUGUGAGGCCCAAGUCUCAAAUUUCCCAAGUUUAAAUGCCUGCAGAACAGUGAAUCCAUGCCCACUGAGACUGAUCUGCUGCAGAAUGCCUUUUCAUGCACAGUUUAUGCAUUGGGACGCGUAAUUUAUUGUUGAGAAUUUGAAAUA